AUGGAGGUGACGGCGGACCAGCCGCGCUGGGUGAGCCAUCACCACCCCGCAGUGCUCAAUGGGCAGCACCCGGACACGCACCACCCGGGCCUCGGCCACUCCUACAUGGACGCGCCGCAGUACUCUCUGCCGGAGGAGGUGGAUGUACUUUUUAACAUCGACGGCCAAGGCAACCACGUCCCGUCCUACUACGGAAACUCGGUGAGGGCCACGGUGCAGAGGUACCCUCCGACCCACCACGGGAGCCAGGUGUGCCGUCCUCCGCUGCUGCACGGAUCCCUGCCCUGGCUGGACGGGGGCAAAGCCCUGGGCAGUCACCACAGCGCCUCGCCCUGGAACCUCAGCCCCUUCUCCAAGACGUCCAUCCACCACGGCUCCCCGGGGCCCCUCUCGGUCUAUCCCCCGGCCUCCUCCUCCUCCCUGUCGGCGGGUCAUUCCAGCCCCCAUCUCUUCACCUUCCCGCCCACCCCGCCGAAGGACGUCUCUCCGGAUCCGUCCCUGUCCACACCAGGCUCCGCUGGCUCUGCCCGGCAGGAUGAGAAAGAGUGCAUCAAAUACCCGGUGUCCCUGCCGGACAGCAUGAAGCUGGAGUCCCCGCACUCCCGCGGCAGCAUGACCACCCUGGGAGGGGCCUCCUCCUCGGCCCACCACCCCAUCACCACCUACCCGCCCUACGUUCCAGAAUACAGCUCCGGACUCUUCCCUCCCAGCACCCUGCUGGGAGGCUCGCCCACCGGCUUCGGAUGCAAGUCAAGGCCCAAGGCCAGAUCCAGCACAGAAGGCAGGGAGUGUGUAAACUGCGGGGCGACCUCAACCCCACUGUGGCGGAGAGAUGGGACGGGACACUACCUUUGCAAUGCCUGCGGACUCUACCACAAAAUGAACGGACAGAACCGGCCCCUCAUCAAACCCAAGCGAAGGCUGUCGGCAGCUAGGAGAGCUGGCACGUCCUGUGCCAACUGCCAGACGACCACGACCACUCUCUGGAGGAGGAACGCCAAUGGAGACCCGGUCUGCAACGCCUGUGGGCUGUACUACAAGCUGCACAAUAUUAACAGACCCCUGACUAUGAAGAAGGAAGGAAUCCAGACCAGAAACCGAAAAAUGUCUAGCAAAUCCAAAAAGUGCAAAAAGGUGCAUGACGCGCUGGAGGACUUCCCUAAGAGCAGCUCCUUUAACCCCGCCGCCCUCUCCAGACACAUGUCAUCCCUCAGCCACAUGGCACCCUUCAGCCACUCCAGCCACAUGCUGACCACUCCGACACCGAUGCACCCAGCGUCCAGCCUCUCCUUUGGACCGCACCAUCCUUCCAGCAUGGUCACCGCCAUGGGCUAGAGUCCCUGCUCGAUGCUUCCAGGUCUCCGAGCGAGAUUCCCUCCAACCCCUUAUACUUGCAUUUCUGCAGGAGCAGUAUCAUGAAGCCUCAAACCGAUGGAUAUGCUUUUGAAGGCAGAAAGCAAAAUGAUGUUUGCCACUUUUGCAAAGGAGCUCACCGGGGUGUGUGUGUUCUCAACCACUGAAUCUGGAUCCCAUUUGUGAAUAAGCCAUUCAGACUCAUGUUCCCUAUUUAACAGGGUCUCUAGUGCUGUGAACAACGACGACAAAACGCUGAACAUUGCAUAUAACUUAUAUUGUAAGAAAUCCUGUACAUUUGAGGAAGACUUUAUUGCAUCUGGGUAGCUGUGAGAAAGGCAUGAAGGACGCCAAGAAUUUUAAGGUUCUGGGGAAAACAAAAGUGUGGAAAUUAAGAAGAAACUAGGUUUAAUAUCCAAAUGGACAAACGGCCAGUUUUGUUUGACUGGCCACAGUUGUUUGAUGCAUUAAAAGAGAAAAAAAUGAAAAAAACAAAAACAAAAAAGAAAACAAAAAAAAAAGUCGUAGGCAAAUCAUUCAUCCAAAGCUGUGGGCCUCUGCCUAGAAAAUACUAUAAAUUCCAGGCAAUCGGUGUUCACACGGGUUGCCAUCGAGGGGUUCAGGUGGGCUUUUCUCAGACCUACAUGCUUUGUGAACAAGUCCCUGUAAUUGUUGUUUGUAUGUAUAAUUCAAAGCACCAAAAUAAGAAAAGAUGUAGAUUUAUUUCAUCAUAUUAUACAGACCUAAUUGUUGUAUAAAUUUAUUUACUGCUAGUUGUUAAGAACGACUUUUAUUAUUUUUUUCUCCCUGUUUUGUUUUAAUAUUUUCCUUCUCUCUGAAUUUUUUGGGUUAAUAAUAAUAAUAAUUAAUAAUAAUAAACUAGAUUACAUUCAGUUGGCCUAAGGUGGUUGUGCUCUCAGAGGGUUUCUUUUCCAUUUUGUUUUUGGAUGAUAUUUAUUAAAUGGCUUCUAAGGGUACAGCAGCCUCUGUCUUUCCACUCCCCCCCACCCCCAUGGCCUCUGCUUUGAGGGUAGCAGUGUAUGAGCUACCGACAUGCAUGUCAGCGGACCGAGGCUAGCAGGCCCCGGACCUGAGAGCAGCCUGGCUGAUGUUAGUUCCCGUCCGUUUUCUGUGUUAGUGAUCACUGCCUUAAUACAGUCUGUUGGAAUCAUAAAUAAAGAAAUACUAUUAAAUAAAGUGAAAAUUAUUUUAACACAAAUGACAUCGCAUUAAAAUGUUGGCCAGGCUCUUACAGAGUUUGGUAGCUCUAGCUUAUUUAAGGGGGGGCGGUGGGGAGGAGAGGUUUUUUGUUUUUCUUUUCUAAAAGAACAACACAAUGUUCAAGUUAUCCACAAAGAGAUCAUGCCAAACCUGGAUAGUCCACAUCUGUUCUUUCGGGGAAACCGGGGAUCUCAGGAGCGCCGCGGGCAUCUCUGUCCCAGGGGGAUUUUGUUAUCCUGGGCCUGGAGCAGGGGCUGGGGUCCCUCCACCAACUGCAGCUCACCUGGCCUGGAUGCCCUGUGCACUUGGAGCAGCCGGGGGUCUUUCUUCACUGAGCUUCACAGGCCUUUGAAGACGCAGCGAAUGGACCCCGUGCUACACCAGGGAAGCGGUCUGGGCUGGCUCUGGAGUUCAUUUCCGUUGUGCUUUGCUACUGCUGAAUUGGAUAACACCACAGCGAAGGGUUGAUUGGAAGGUGUGCAAAACAAGAAAGAACCAUGUUGUAACUGACGCUGUAUAGUUCCCUUUGACUCUGUUGACAGAAUGUGUAACUCGUGGCACACAUUUGAAAAUCUCUGUUAAUCGCCGCCUCGCUGCUUUCCUAGCAAAUAUUUUAAACCUGAAGCUCAAUGUUGAAAUAAAGGAGUAGAG